UCUCACGGAGACACCAGGUGACUGAGUUUAGUGUUUUCAUCACUUACACCAAAUGGACGUAUUUCUUAUAGACACCAUUCACAUUAAGUUGUACGUAACAUAAAUAGUUUAUUGAAUAAUUUUGAUUUGAUGAAGUGCUGAGUGAGCUUUAAAAAAUUUAAUGAUGAGGAAAAUUCAAUCUAUGUUUUUUUUACCUUUAACUGCAUGUGUACUUAUUAUCAUCGCAACAAUUCAAAUAGUGGCAAACAACAACUCCUACAAAUUAGAAACCAAUUUGUACCGUCUCCAAGGACAACCACUCCGCUUGUUACGCAGUACGGACGGUCUUCAAUUAGAAAACCCUGUAGAAAAAGAUGUCUCGCAGGGUGACGAAGGAAAUCAGUUUCACAACAAUUCGUUUCGCAGUAAUUUUCACCAACAAACGACCGAAAGAUUAAAUAUUAAGACCGUGAUAGCAAAUGGUACAAUAUCAGGCGCCAAUCAAACGGACUACCCGCUAGGUAUCAAGGUUGGGACACUAGUAAAGGUUGUCAGAGAAAACGGAACAGCAGAGGUUGAGCAAAGAGUCGGUAACAAAUAUCGUCUACUUAAAAGAGUUGGAGGUGGAGGUUUUGGCCAUAUCUUCCUUGGUACCGACAUGACAAGCGGAGAAAAGGUUGCUGUCAAAGUCGACCGUUUCGAGAAGAUAAACUCGACUGUGAGUAAAGAAAGCAUUAUUUACCGCAUACUUCAGAGCGGGGAAGGUUUCCCGAAGGUCAGGUGGAGCGGGAGAGAGGGAAGCUACAAUGUCAUGGUAAUUGAUCUUCUAGGACCAAGUCUUCAGAAAUGCUUUGACCUCUGCAAUUAUAAAUUCAGUUUAAAGACAGUUUUGCUCCUUGCAGAUCAGAUGAUAAGUAGACUGGAAUAUUUGCAUUUUAAAGGUUUCGUCCACAGGGAUAUUUCUCCAGUAAAUUUUCUGGUCGGGUUAGGUGAUAUGAGUCACGUGGUCUACAGCAUUGACUUUGGUUUGUCAAAACCUUAUCGAGAUGCAUACACAGGCCGACACUGGCCGUACCGCCGUACUGGAUUCGCUGGAACACAGUUAUAUUCAAGCAUCAGCGCACAGAAAGGCUAUCAGCAGAGUCGGAGAGAGAAACAGAAUCUGUGGGCUAUGUUUUAUUACAUUUUCUACUUGGGCGAUUACCCUGGCAGGGGAUUAAAGUUUCCAAAUCAAAGCGUCGCACUACAACUUUCCAGAUGAAACAAAAUACAACAAUAGACAGUCUAUGUAAGGGUCUUCCAGCGGAAUUCUCCAAAUAUGUCGCAAUUAGUCGAUCCCUUAAGUUUGAAGAGGAACCAGAUUAUUCUUACCUUCGAGGUCUGUUUAGAAAUGUAUUACAAAGACACAACUUCACAUCAGAUUAUAAGUUUGACUGGGACGUUGUUAACGGUACCUGUCAAAUGAGAAAGAUACCUUAAGACUUUCAAACACAUUAUAAAAUAUGGAAAAGGAUAAAUGCUGAUAAGUUUGUUUUGUUCACAAACAGUAACUGAAAACUUCUUUCGUCAGUUUUCGAAAACGUUUGGUUUGCAAAUUAGAGAACAAGUAGAUAUUAAAAAACACCUUAAAAGCAUAAAAGGUAAUGACGUUAUUUUUCGGGCGGAAUGUUAAAUAGUCUUAUGUUAAUAAAUUA